AUGGGGGUGCAGAUAGAAGAGAAGCAGUUAGUUCUUGCAAACUCAGAACUAAUGGAAGCACGGACGGAACGUGAUCAGUUCAGUCAGGAAUCUGGAAAUCCAGACUAUCAACUUCAAAAGUUCUUGGCAACUUAUCUCCGUUUCUUGUAUGCUGAUCUGCAUAAACGAGAGAAGGAGCUGAGUCUCAAGAACGAGCAGAAUAAGUGUCUGUGGGACUGUCCCACAGGCAACAGCAUCAUCAUCGACCACCUGUUGCAGGAGCUGGGCGACAGGAACAUGGAGGUGCAGCGCCUGGAGGCCCUCCUCAAGGCCAUGAAAAGCGAGUGUCAGGGCCAGAAGGAGUGGCAGAUGGCAGCAAUUCAGGGAAAGAAUGAAAGUCUAGAAGAAGUGUCCUCCUUGACUGCUCAGCUUGAAGCCACCAAAGACGUGCUCCACAAAGUAGUAGAAGAGUUGACAGCCAAGAAGUUGACCCUGGAGAGCUCCGAGAGGACUGUGUCGGACCUGACAACUUCACUCCAGGAGAAAGAGAGAGCCAUCGAGGCCACCAACUCAGAGAUCGUGGAGCUGGGCUCCUGGAUGGACUUGAAGCUGCAGGAGCUGCAGCUUCUGAAGAAUGAAGUAGUUCACCUCAGAAACGUGCAGGUAGAAAACGAGUACCUCAAGCUGCAGAUGGCAGAGAAGGACGAAGUGAACAAGACCCUGCAGCAACAGAUUGAAGACAUGAUGCAGCCGAUGGACCAGGAUGGACCAAUGGCGGAUGCUGUGCGUGUAGAGAAAGCCCAUCUGAAGAAAAAGCUCAAUGAUACGAGACUGGAGCUACAGGAAGUUAAGAUUUUGAAUUAUAAAAAAGUUGCAGAGAUACGGGAGCUUGAAGCCAGAGUGUGUGACCUGGAGCUGGAAAAGGUGAAGCUGGUGAAUGCAGGCUCUGAGUGGCUCUGUGCAGUGAAGGACCUCAAACAAGAAAGAGUUCAUUUAUUAAGUGAGGUGAAAGCUAGUAGUGAGUUAAACAAUCUUACAGAGGACUAUGAAGUCUUAAAAAGGAAUUUUCAAAACAAACGUGAAGAAAUGGAAACUACUACAAAUAAGCUGAAAAUGCAAGUAAAAUCUUCACACUCUGAGGUAGAACAAAUAAGAAAUGCAGUAAAGCCAAUGGAAGGAUCUGAUGGUCAUGGUAUGAAAGUGGCAAUGGGGAUGCAAAAACAAAUUACGGCUAGAAGAGGUCAGAUAGAUGCCCUUCAGAGCAAGACACAAGUUUUAGAAGAGGCCAUGGUAAAUAGAAAGAAGGCAUCUUUGCAGUUUGCAAAACGUCAAGAUAUAGUACAGCGUUGGGAACAAGAACCUGUGCGCCUAAACCUUCAACACACUUUGGAUGUAAAAGAACUUAAGGGCCCUGGAUACACCUCCAAUUCUUCGGUGAAACCAUGCCUUCUACAGCCGUCAUUUGCUGCCCAUUCUCAUUCUUAUGUACCAUCUUCCCAGUCUGCAGCCAGAUUCCUAUCUCAUGUAAUUGUUUUAAUUCAACACUGUACGAAACCUAACACAAAGGAAUAUACAACGAGGGACUUGAAACAGCUUAUCCAGGAGUUGAGAAGUAUGAUCAACGGGGAGCCACCCGUGCCCCUGGGCAAGAGCGAGGAAGACGGGAGAGCACCAUCUCUGGCGGUCUCCUAUGUGGCUGUAGAUGAUAGAAUAAGAGAUUGCAUUACUGAAUCAAGCCUGAGAUUAGAGAUAUGCCAUAGAAGCAACAACUCAUUAAGGGAAUCCACUGAAGGCAGCAAAUCAGAUGAAACUCUUAGCAGGCCCUUAGGAUCAAUGUCUUCAAUGAUCAGAAAUCAAGAAAAGAGGAUACACAGAGUGAAAGAUCAGGAAAAAAAGUUACUAAAAGGAUACAUCACUUGCCUUUCUUUUAAGAGAGCUUCUUCUCCAGCCCCGCUCCCCAUCCUGGAGAUCAGAGUGUGGCACUGGAAGUUGCAAGCCUCCGAUCACUUGGUCUAUCCGGUGACCAGCCCCAGCCUGAGGCUAUCUAGGGGCCCCAUCUAA